UCAGUGACAUUUCCACUCGGCCACGGAUCUAAAGCCAGGACGCGUUUGUUCUAUCGGGGAUCCGCGGGUGAAAGAACCCGGGAGGGUGGAAAAACACGGACGGGAUAUCGCCCGGACACUUGUGCUGCUUGUCAUCCGGGAUAUCCCCUCCGUCUCCUUCUCCUCUUCAGCGCCCUUUUUGGAAACUAUAUAUUUUUUUCUCCGCCCGACCCCUUUCUGCUUCAAUUCCACGAGAGAAGAUCGGUCAUCAUCGUGGGUGUUUUGCCCCCUUAUUUAUUUUUUUUUUCUUUCUCUGUGUGGGCCGUGGACAAACAGGCUGCAUAGUUUGGUUUUGACUGCGACAGGAUGCCCCAAAAAGGGAGGCAUUAAGUAGUGAAAACGGCAGAUGAUUGACUAAAUUGUAAUACAGUGGACAGUCAACUCUGUUUCCAGAGUACCACAACCAAGCCACGUGGGAGUCUGGCGUAGCCUCAAUGAUGCAGAACAGUCACAGCGGCGUCAACCAGCUCGGUGGUGUGUUCGUGAACGGCAGACCGCUGCCCGACUCCACCAGGCAGAAAAUCGUCGAACUCGCCCACAGCGGCGCUCGACCCUGCGACAUCUCCCGGAUACUCCAGACCCAUGAUGAAGUCCAAGUGGUGGACAGUGAAAAGGUGUCCAACGGCUGCGUGAGCAAGAUCCUGGGCCGCUACUAUGAGACGGGCUCCAUAAGACCGCGGGCCAUCGGCGGCAGCAAGCCCCGGGUCGCCACGCCGGAGGUGGUCGCCAAGAUCGCGCAGUACAAGCGCGAGUGUCCGUCGAUCUUCGCGUGGGAGAUCCGCGACCGGCUUUUAUCGGAGGGCAUCUGCACCAACGACAACAUACCCAGUGUGUCCUCGAUCAACAGAGUCCUGCGCAACCUGGCGAGUGAGAAGCAACAGAUGGGCGCAGAUGGCAUGUAUGACAAGCUGAGGAUGCUCAACGGUCAGACAGGAAGUUGGGGGACCCGGCCCGGCUGGUACCCCGGAACGUCAGUGCCGGGCCAGCCCAAUCAAGACGGCUGCCAGCCGCAAGACGGCGUUGGAGAAAACACAAACUCCAUCAGCUCUAACGGCGAGGACUCGGAGGAGACUCAGAUGCGCCUGCAGCUGAAGAGGAAGCUGCAGAGAAACCGCACCUCCUUCACACAGGAGCAGAUCGAGGCGCUGGAGAAAGAAUUUGAACGAACUCAUUAUCCAGACGUGUUUGCACGAGAGAGACUAGCGGCCAAAAUUGACCUCCCGGAAGCAAGAAUACAAGUCUGGUUCUCCAACAGGAGAGCAAAGUGGAGGCGGGAGGAGAAGCUUCGCAACCAGCGUCGACAGGCCAGCAACUCCUCCAGUCACAUUCCCAUCAGCAGCAGCUUCAGCACCAGCGUGUACCAGGCCAUCCCACAGCCCACCACACCUGUGUCGUUCACCUCGGGGUCCAUGUUGGGCCGAGCCGACUCAGCCCUCACCAACACCUACAGUGCGCUGCCCCCGAUGCCCAGCUUCACCAUGGCCAACAAUCUACCUAUGCAACCCAGCCAGACCUCCUCCUAUUCCUGCAUGUUGCCUACCAGUCCGCCUGUGAACGGGCGCAGCUACGAAACAUACACGCCCCCGCAUAUGCAGGCACAUAUGAACAGCCAAUCAAUGACCGCUUCUGGUACCACCUCAACAGGACUCAUCUCUCCUGGAGUGUCUGUCCCAGUGCAAGUCCCAGGGAGCGAGCCUGACAUGUCUCAGUACUGGUCUCGACUACAGUAGAGAGAAGAGCUACUUCACCUUGUGAGCGCCACGGCCUCCAACGUGGACCUCGUCGUACACACACACACACACACACACACACACGCGCACACACAGACACCAACACGUAUACACGGGACAGGAGGACGAGGACUUGUGUAGUUCCAGGCACAUUCAAAUGAGGACAGGAUUGAAAAAGACAAAUGGACCUCCUUAAAAGUGCCCGGUGUUACCUUUUUAUGGAACAAAAAAAAAAAAAAAAAA